UGGAUAGCGUCAGUUACGAGUGUGAUAUCAAUUUCUCUAUAUCCGGAUGAAUGCUUAUCAAUUCACCCAAAAAACAUAACUACUCAAUUAGCCAUAAUGGAUGCAUUUCAUUGAAGUUCAUAAACUCCAAUUACAAGUCUUCGGUGAAUCCCAUAAAGCAGGUGGUUAUUCGGUGAACGUAGUUCAGUCACAUGAUGGCCAAGGAAGAGAACAGUGAGAAACCGAAAAGCGAUGAAAAGAAGUGUUUCAAGGAGCUGGCAAGCAAUUACUUUCGCUUGUACUGUGAACGAUCCACUAUACACUGUGUGCGCUAUCUUUAUGAUCCGAGACUGCACAACAUUGAGAAGCUUAUUUGGAGCGUCUUGCUAGUUAUCAGCAUCACACUAUGCUGCUCGUUUUAUUUGCUACUCUCGGAACGUUAUGGCGCCCAGAAACUGCAGACAGUUAUCGAAGAUCCGCAAUAUCCCGUAUUUCUAGUUCAGUUUCCCGCUGUGGCUGUUUGCACCGACAAUCGCAUCAAUUGGAGUAAGCUGGAGGAGGCUAAAGCUGAAUUUUUGCCGGCGAAUGCAACUGAAGAGCUGAAAGAAGGAUUCACCAAGUUGGUGUCGUACAUGGAAACGCUGCGCUUCGAUAAUUUUAGGUACAGCCAUUCUGAAUUGGAAGAUCAGAACUUUGAAGCGCUGGAAUUCGUCAACAUUAGCUCAUUGGCUAUCUUUAUGUCUCUAACUUGCGAGGAUAUUCUGGUGCCGAAGUCCUGCAAGUGGCGCCAUGGCAAUUUCAAUUGCUGUGAUUACUUUGUCACUGAGAAGUCGGAGUACGGUCUGUGUCUGGUAUUUAACUCGGAGCUGUCGCCGAGAUCUAAUCAAAUCAAGGAACGCUAUGGUAAAGAAUUCUAUCCCAGGCAUAAUGCCAAGGCGGGUCAAAGUUCAGGUCUCAACUUUAGUUUAAGGCUUCAUGAGCGAUUUAAACGACCUAAUUCGAAGGCCACCGAUAAUGUUUAUAUCAUGAUCAAGAAGGGAAAUCAAAUGUCGAAUGUUGUGUACUCGAUAACGCCCAACACAGAGACCUAUGUGACCAUUCGUCCUCAGGCGACACGUACCGAUGAGACGACCCGCAACAUUGCUCCCGAGCGUCGCAAUUGUCACUUCGACGAUGAGCAAAAGGACUUUGGCACUAGCGAUGCGCCAAGACGAUUUAGUAAAAGUUUUCUGCUUUUGAACUGCCUCAACAAUUGCCAUGAAUCGUACUUGGUCAGGUUGUGCAACUGCACGUUGCCCAUCUUUUUUCUUAGCAAUCAGAAAGUCAAGGACUGCACUGCGGUCAGUCUGCGAUGUAUCUCACGUCACAAUGACAUUUUCAGUUACGACAAGCAUUUGGGAGAGGAUGACUUCUUCAGUGCCAGCAAGCCAGGCAUGACUUGUCCCUGUCUGGUCAGCUGUAAUGUGUUGGAGUACUUCACGUCCACCACAACAUUGCCCUUGACUGGUCGUAAUAUCUCGGCGAGCCAUGACUUCUUCAAGGUGGAUGUGCAUUACCAGGUCGAGAAUAUGAUUACAUAUCGAACCAGUCUCGAGUUUAGCAGCAUUGAUUUGAUUGCGAAUCUGGGCGGCAUCUUUGGCCUUUGCCUGGGUGCCUCGAUGGUCAGUGGUGUGGAGCUGGUUUACUAUUUGACUGUAGGAUUUGGUCUGCAUCUUUAUGACAACGCCUACUAUGGCCUGCUGCGCGACAAUCUCAAACAGAAGUGGGCGAAGUGGCUGUUUUAUUUACGUAACGGCUUAAGCCACGCCCACCACGACACGAUGUCAGCGGAAGCAAAGUCCAAAAGCCAGCUGCGGCAUCCGUUUAAUAACAGAAUCAACGCCUGGUGAAUAUUGCUGCGAAUUUACGAAGCAUCCACAUCGACGACAGCUAAAUACUCUUACUACUUGGUAAAGCAAUGAAGUAGUGGAUAUUACUACAGUCGAGAGCACGUUUACUUUAGAAUG